UGGUUUUAGGGGUAGUCCGACCGAGACCAACACCCUACCGAAACUAGCUCAGUACGCAUCUGGACUAUCCGGAUAAAAAACCCUGGUUUGAACUUUAGAACAUUGGGAACGCGCGUUAUUUUAGAGAGAGAGAAAGGAGAGAGAGAGUACUGGUCUUCCGUUCAAAUCCCUUCCACCCACAAUAGAGAGAGAGGCCUUGGGCUUUUAUAAUUUUCAAGUUUCAACUAUUUGCAGUCAUGGUGCGCGGGAAACAGAGUGGGCCUAAGCAGAAGAAGCACAAGGGUCACAAGCGCCCCCCUGCCAAAGUGACAACCACCCCCUUCAAAACCAGACCUAGUAAACCUAAAUCCAAACCUAAGACCAGUAAACCUAAACCGAAAUCUAAGCCGAAGCCUGAACUCGAAAGUGCCUCACUCGAUGCGAAGAAACCGGAGUCCCGAAGAGACCACCGCGACAUUCCCCCGCCUGAAAGCUCCCCUUCGCAAAAAUUGGAGUGGUUUUUUGAUCGAUUUCAGGCUGCUAUUGGAUUCAAGCUCUCAUCCAUUGAGUUGGAGGGAAUCACAGAUGCGGCCAUUGUGGAGCUUCCUCAGAAUCUUGAUAGGUCUGUCGACAAUUUAAGCAAACAUGUUAAGGCUAUUUUUGGAACUUCAUGGAAAGAUGUGCUGCAUGGCGGAGAUCUCCUCGAAGGAAGGGCUGAUGCUGGGUGUCCUGCCUUACUCAUGAUCAGUGCAUCUGCUCUGAGAUCCCUGGAGCUUCUCAGAGGUGUACGACCAUUGACUGAAGAAUGUCCCGCAGCAAAGCUCUUCGCCAAGCAUAUAAAAGUGGAAGAUCAGGUUUCCUUGCUAAAGAAACGUGUAAAUAUUGCCAGUGGUACUCCUAGCAGGAUCAAGAAAUUGAUAGACAUCGAUGCGUUGGGGCUUACCCGGUUAUCAGUUCUUAUGCUUGAUACACACCUCGACGCCAAGGGCUAUUCAUUAUUUAGUCUUCCUCAAGUCAGUGGGGAAUUCUGGGACCUGUAUAGAACACACUUUCAUCAACGGGUGUUAGGUGGUGAGCUCCGGCUCUGCUUCUAUUAGUGGUGUUGGCUGCCGUAGCCAUUCUGUGAUGAAAAUUUUGAGAACAAUGAUCUGCUCCAGCUAUUGAGAUAUUCCUUGUAUGUUUGCAUUAAAUGGUCUGAUUAUUUUUUCUUUGG